AUGAGCUGUGGCACCAAGUCUUCCAGUAGCGUCACUAGAAGCAGUGGCGGUGGCGGUGGUGGCGGCGGUGGCUGCGGUAGCGGCGGCGGUGGCAGCGGCAGCGGGGGAGCCCGUAGGUCUGGCGGGUACUCCUCGGUGUCCAGCAGGAGGUACACCUCCUCCGGGGGAGGCGGAGGCUUUUCCGGGAGAAGCUUUGGUGGAGGAGGAUCCGGGAGAAGCUACGGAGGGGGAUUUAGCAGUGGGAGUUGCGGAAGGAUUAGCCGCAGUAGCUAUGGCGGGAGGAUGAGCGGUGGCAGUUUUGGAGGAGGAGGAAUGGGCUGUGGGAGCAUGGGAGGAGGCUUUGGAUCCGGCGGAGGUGGCUUCGGAGGAAUGGGAGGUGGUUACGGAAGCAGCUUUGGUGGAGGUGGCUUUGGUGGUGGCAGCUACAGUGGAGGUGGGUUUAGUGGCUUUGGGGGCAGCAGCGGCUUUGGCGGUGGUGGCUACGGAGGAUUUGGUGAAGAUGGCAGCUUGCUCUCCACCAACGAGAAGCUGACCAUGCAGAACCUCAACGACCGCCUGGCUACCUACAUGGAUAAAGUGCGGAGACUGGAAGAAGAAAAUGUUCAAUUUGAGCGGCUCAUCAGAGAGUGGUACCAGAAGCAAGGGCCCACUGGUUCCAAGGACUACAGCCAGUAUUACCGAACAAUUGAUGACCUGCAAAACCAGAUUGUUAAUGCGAGCGUGGACCUUCAUAAGAUCCUUCUCGACGUUGACAACACCAGGAUGACUGUGGAUGACUUCAGACUGAAGUAUGAAACUGAGUACAGUCUCCACCAGAGUGUGGCAAGUGAUAUUAAUGGAUUACGUCCACUUUUGGACCAACUGACUCUAGCAAGAUCCGACCUGGAGACACAGUAUGAAUCCCUAAAAGAGGAACUGAUCUAUCUUAAGAAGAACCAUGAGGAGGAAAUGAGAGGACUGCAAACACAAACUGGUGGGGACGUCAAUGUGGAGGUCAAUGCUACUCCUGGCAUUAAUUUGAUGGAAAAAUUAAAUGAAAUGCGCUUUGAAUAUGAACGUCUUAUUGAGAACAACCGCAGAGAGGUGGAAAGUUGGUAUGAAACCAAGAUCGAAGAAGUUAAUCAACAAGUCCACUCAAGUGGCCAGGAGAUUCAGUCAAGCAACCAGCAGGUCUCUGAGCUGCGCCGGGAAUACCAGAGCCUGGAGAUCGAGCUGCAGUCGCAGCUCAGCAUGGUGGACUCUCUGCAGUCCAACCUGGAGGACACCGAGCGCCGCUACAACCUGCAGCUGCAGCAGAUCCAGGCCAUGAUCGGCCCCAAACAGUUAGAUUUGCAAAACAGCUUUUGUGAACUGAACACCCAGACAGAGCCUCGGAAAGGGAUAUCGGGAGAGAAGUCUCCUUCUGAGAUGAAAAACGCACCCGACUGACUGUUUUUUUUCUCUCCCUCCUUCUUUCUUUGCAGCAUCCCAGGAGGAGGAAUAGGAGGAGGAACGGGAGGAGGCAGAAUAGGAGGUGGCGGCUAUUCUGGAGGAGGGAGAGGAGGCAGCGGUGGAUUUGGAGGAGGCAGCGGUGGAUUUGGAGGAGGCAGCAGUGGAUUUGGAGGAGGCAGCGGUUCUUCCAGCGGUGGAAUGGGAGGAGGAAGCAGCGGAGGAGGAAUAGGAGGAGGCAGUGGGGGAGGAUCCUGCGGCAUCAUUGGAGGAGGAGGAGGAGGGGGAAGCGGCAGCAUUGGUGGAGGAGGCGGCGGAGGAAGAAUCUCCGGAGGCGUCAGCAGUUCCCACUCCUACUCUUCAUCUUCCCAGUCAUGCGGUGGUGGAAACCAAGGAUAUGGAAGAAAGUCUUUUGACUAAGAACCGAUAAUCCUACGGCACCAGACCCUUCAAACUGAAAU